AUGGCAUUUCUGUACAGGAAACUUGCCUAUAGACCAGUCUUUCGAGCGAGAUGUAGUAUUUCGAGAUUCAAUCACAGCUUUUCAGGAUUGAGCUCCGAGAUCAAUGGAUCAAUAACGGAGGAAAGUCGAGGAAGGGCAGAUGAUGAUUUUAGAAUAAAGUACAGGAACACCGAAAAAUUACGGUUGACACUUGAACAGAUGAAAACAAUGACACAAGAAAACAGAGAAAUGUCACGUGAGCUGAUUGACAGCACAGAAGACAAGCAUAUGAUAUUAGAGCGCUUAAUUGAUCAAGAGAAUCAUACCGGCAAUGUCGAUACAAUAGAGAAGCUUUUAUUUGUUCUUCCGCCAUCUGUGGUGGUGCUAAACAUAUUUAAUUAUUUAAAAAGCCGAGGGUUUCGAAUUCCGGACCGGGAGAAACCUUACUGGCUAUUGAUUACAAAAACAACCAUUGAGCUCUCAAAAAAGAUAAUGAGAACAGAUGCCGAGCGGAAAUUUGCAGUAAGAGCAGCUUCUACACCGAUUUUGUUGACGGCACAACUAUUUAGACUAUGCAUUAACAUGAGACUGGGUGCUUUAGCCUGCAAAAUACAUAGCGAUAUGAUCUGGGUGACGAAAAAUCAGGAUAAAGCAGUUUCUGAAGAGUGGCAGGUGCUGUACAAUCACAGAAACAUUCACAAUUUAGUAAGAAUGUUGAGUUUGAGAGAUCCAUCGAGAGAUGAGGAGGAUCUCGCAAGGAUAUUCAAAGCAGUUUCCAUAUGUAAUGAGGGUGCACCUAAGGUGGAGCCGUUUUCAUACACGGCAAUGGAAAUAGUGGCGAUACUAGAUAAAGCCGCUUUAUUCACAAAGAGAAACAGCUUCAGUGCAUCGCAAGUAAAGUUAGCAGAGACUGUGAUCAGCAAGAUGGGAGUUGCAAUGGUGGAUUUGAUCGAAAAGCAGGUUGCAGGAAAACAUUCAGGGACAAGCCGCAUUGUCUGCUCUCAGACGCUUCACCAUUACUUAACUUUUUGCUAUCGAUACAUAGAGGGCAGGAUUUUCUUCAAUGAUGGAGGAUCCGUGUACAGUACUUGGUGCUCGAUAAAGCCGUUUCACAACAUAGUGUACAACACAGACAUCAAGACCCCAAACAACAACGAGCUUAACUGCUACUACUACUAUGGAGUUUUGGCGAGCAUGAUUUCGUUCUUUUCGAAAAACAUUCGGUACAGACCGAUGGUCUCUGAGCUCAUCAAGCAGUUGCCAAUUAGCUCUGUAAAUAUAGCACCAGGGUUGAUGACAUCAAUGGUGAACUACUCUAUUCGGGUGAAAAACACGAGGCUCAUGAAGUUUAUACUUUCGCAGUAUUCGGAUGCCACUCUUGGGCUUCGAACCAAGUACACGGCGAGCCAAAUGUCAUCGAUGUUGAAGUUGGCUUUGGCAAGCAAGGAGUUUGCUCGUGCACGAAAGAUCAUGACGUUCAUGAAGAAAAAUCUAAUGACUUGCCAGCCCAUAGAGUUCAAUGAGCUCAUUAUUGCUACACUCCAAAGCUCAAUCAAGGAUAAAGAGCAGAAUGCAUGGGAGAUGAUUCAGCAGAGGGAAGCUGAGGUUGCCAAAUACGGAUAUAUCAGCUUUCUCAACUAUAUGAUCAACAGCAAUUCAGGACUAGACUUUGAUAAGACCGAGUAUAUAUUUAGGCACGCAGUGAGGUCGAUCGACCCAAACGAGAACCAUUUCUGGGACUACUGGCAUCUCUCUUAUAUGAAAUACAUUGACCGCAAAUAUGACACAUGGCAGUGCAUCCAGGUGUAUCAGAAUUGCAUAUAUGCCGAAAAUUCGCCCUUCAAAACUUUGACAGAUUUUGAAUAUAGACAAAAUCCAUUCUGCACUAGACUGGACAAAGUGAGAAUGUCACUUUCGGUUUCGGUGAGGCCACUAAUAAUACGAGAUAUAUUCAAAGUCGCGUUUGGAAAAUUGUCUUUUCAGAAGCUUAAUGAUAGUGAAUUUAGAGAAUCUCAUAAGGAGUGGAAGAAAGUGAGAAGAUGGUGUACAGAGGAGCUCAAGAAUCUUGGGUUUUCCCAGGAAUCUAUUUGGAUUGACCUACAAAAAAGCAUCAGCAAGCAAACCAGAAACAUUGGCUUUAAUUUAGAAAAAGCGCUUAUAGAUAGAAAAAAGGACAUGCAAGUAACGGCAAAGAGAUCUGGAAAAAGACUGGAUCGGUCAAUCAGAACGACAUAUUUCAGCAAUUUGAAACAGCUCAAAGAAGUUUGGGGUGAUCCCGAUUAG